GGAAGAGGGAGAGGGAGGUCGGGACGAGAACGGGGCUGUGGUGCGGAGGGAAGCUGAGACGGAGAAGGCAGAGGGAGAGGGCGCGGGGACCGUCAGCAUCGCCUUAGCUAUAGUCUUCCGUCUACCCUCGGGAGAGAGGAGAGAAAAGGGCGGAGGCCAGGGCGGGAGUGGGGGCUGUCAUCCUCGGACCUGGGGUGAGAGGGGCCGUGCGGCCGGACGUCCUCGGGGUGGGCCCCCUGUCGGUGGCCGCAGACCUGGGGCUCAGGCCCGCAGGUCCCAAAUCUCCAAGCUUGGCCCCUCGUUUCCCAGAUACCCAGGUAUCAGCUCUUGUAUUUCAGAUAUCCAGGACUUGGAUCCCAACCUCUUUAAACCUGGGUCUCUGUUUUAUAGAAUUUUCAAAUAUCUGGGGUUCAGGCCCCUGUGUGCCUCAGAGUCCGGGGUUCACUCCCCAGGCGUUCAAAUACCGGAUUCAUUUUGUCGCCUUGCAAAUAUACGGGGUUCAGACCCCAGGAUCAGAAAUCCGGGAUCGCCCUCGAAUUGGGGAAGGGCUGGACAGCGAGGUCAGAUCAGGUUGUCACCCCCUCCCCUCCAGGGGAGGCUUCCCGGGUCCGCCCCUCAGGAAGGGCGAAAGCCGAGGAAGAGGUGGCAAGGGGAAAGGUCUCCUUGCCCCUCUCCCUGCUUGGCAGAACCGCUGGAGGACCCCAGGCGGAAGCGGAGGCGCUGGGGCACCAUAGUGACCCCUACCAGGCUAGGCCCCACUCUCAGGGCCCCCUGGGGCCACCAUGCCAGCUGGGGGCCGGGCCGGGAGCCUGAAGGACCCUGAUGUGGCUGAGCUCUUCUUCAAGGAUGAUCCUGAAAAGCUCUUUUCUGACCUCCGGGAAAUUGGUCAUGGCAGCUUUGGAGCUGUGUACUUUGCCCGGGAUGUCCGUAAUAGCGAGGUGGUGGCCAUCAAAAAGAUGUCCUACAGUGGGAAGCAGUCAAAUGAGAAAUGGCAGGACAUCAUCAAAGAGGUGCGGUUCUUACAGAAGCUCCGGCAUCCCAAUACCAUUCAGUACCGGGGCUGUUACCUGAGGGAGCACACAGCUUGGCUGGUGAUGGAGUAUUGCCUGGGCUCAGCUUCUGACCUCCUAGAAGUGCACAAGAAGCCCCUUCAGGAGGUGGAGAUUGCAGCUGUGACCCACGGGGCGCUUCAGGGCCUGGCCUACCUGCACUCCCACAACAUGAUCCACAGGGAUGUGAAGGCUGGAAAUAUCCUGCUUUCAGAGCCAGGCCUGGUGAAGCUAGGGGACUUCGGCUCCGCAUCUAUCAUGGCACCUGCCAACUCCUUCGUGGGCACCCCAUACUGGAUGGCUCCGGAGGUGAUCCUGGCAAUGGAUGAGGGGCAGUACGAUGGCAAAGUGGACGUCUGGUCCUUGGGGAUAACCUGCAUUGAACUGGCGGAACGGAAACCACCACUGUUUAACAUGAAUGCGAUGAGUGCCUUAUACCACAUUGCACAGAAUGAGUCCCCCGUGCUCCAGUCAGGACACUGGUCUGAGUACUUCCGGAAUUUUGUUGACUCCUGUCUUCAGAAAAUCCCCCAAGACAGGCCAACCUCAGAGGUUCUUCUAAAGCACCGCUUUGUGCUCCGGGAGCGGCCACCCACCGUCAUCAUGGACCUAAUCCAGAGGACCAAGGAUGCCGUGCGGGAGCUGGACAACCUGCAGUACCGCAAGAUGAAGAAGAUCCUUUUCCAGGAGGCACCCAAUGGCCCUGGUGCUGAGGCUCCCGAGGAGGAAGAGCCCACACCCUGUUCACAGGAGGCAGAGCCCUACAUGCACCGGGCAGGGACGCUGACCAGUCUAGAGAGUAGCCACUCAGUGCCCAGCAUGUCUAUCAGCGCCUCUAGCCAGAGCAGUUCGGUCAACAGCCUAGCAGAUGCCUCUGACAAUGAAGAGGAGGAGGAGGAGGAAGAGGAGGAGGAAGAGGAGGAAGAAGGCCCUGAAGCCAGGGAGAUGGCCAUGAUGCAGGAAGGGGAGCACACAGUCACCUCACACAGCUCCAUCAUCCACCGACUUCCGGGCUCUGACAACCUGUAUGAUGACCCCUUCCAGCCAGAGAUAACCCCGGGCCCUCUCCAACCACCUGCAGCCCCAGCUCCCACUUCCACCACAUCUUCUGCCCGCCGUCGGGCCUAUUGCCGUAACCGGGACCACUUCGCCACCAUCCGGACCGCCUCCCUGGUCAGCCGCCAAAUCCAGGAACAUGAGCAGGACUCGGCCCUGCGGGAGCAGCUCAGUGGCUACAAGCGGAUGCGGCGACAGCACCAAAAGCAGCUGCUGGCUCUGGAGUCGAGGCUGAGGGGUGAACGUGAGGAACACAGUGCACGUCUACAGCGGGAGCUUGAGGCGCAGCGGGCUGGGUUUGGGGCUGAGGCAGAAAAGCUGGCACGGCGACACCAGGCUAUUGGUGAGAAGGAGGCUCGAGCUGCCCAGACAGAGGAGCGGAAGUUCCAGCAGCAUAUCUUAGGGCAGCAGAAGAAGGAGCUGGCUGCCCUGCUGGAGGCACAGAAGCGAACCUACAAGCUUCGGAAGGAACAGCUGAAGGAGGAACUCCAGGAGAACCCCAGCACCCCCAAGCGGGAGAAGGCUGAAUGGCUGCUCAGGCAGAAGGAACAGCUCCAGCAGUGCCAGGCAGAGGAAGAAGCGGGGUUGCUGCGGCGGCAGCGGCAGUACUUCGAGCUGCAAUGUCGCCAAUAUAAGCGCAAGAUGCUGCUGGCCCGUCACAGCCUGGACCAGGAUCUGCUGCGAGAGGACUUGAACAAGAAACAAACACAGAAGGACUUGGAGUGUGCGCUGCUGCUGCGGCAGCAUGAGGCCACCCGAGAGCUGGAACUGCGGCAGCUGCAGGCCGUCCAGCGCACACGAGCUGAGCUCACCCGCCUGCAGCACCAGACAGAACUGGGCAACCAGCUGGAGUACAACAAGCGACGUGAGCAAGAGUUGCGGCAGAAACAUGCAGCCCAGGUUCGCCAGCAGCCCAAGAGCCUCAAAGUACGUGCAGGCCAGCGCACCCUGGGGCUCCCCAUUACUGGGGCUCUGGGACCACCCAGCACAGGCUCCCCUAGUGAAGAGCAGCCCUGCUCAUCUGGCCAGGAGGCAGUCCUGGACCAAAGGAUGCUGGGAGAGGAGGAGGAGGAGGAAGCAGUACCAGAGAGAAGGAUUCUGGGAAAGGAGGGGGCUACCUUGGAGCCAGAGGAGCAAAAGAUAUGGGGGAAAGAAUCAGGAACCCUUAGUGCUAACCCACAAAAACCUCAGAAUCCAGUUAAUGAGGAAGACUGGGAGCUACCUGAGGAGGAGAUAGAGGAGCUUAGAGUUCCAUCGCUGGUGGCCGAGGAGAGGAGCAUUGUUGGUCAGGAAGCAGGCGGGGCCUGGGGGCUGUGGGAGAAGGACAGGAGCCUUCUGGAUGAGGAGUUUGAACUCGACUGGGUCCAGAGCCCAGCACUGACUCCAGUCCCUGAGGAGGAGGAAGAGGAGGAGGAAAGGGCCCCAGUUGGGACCCUCAGGGAUCCUGGUGAUGGCUGUCCCUCCCCAGACAUCCCCCCAGAGCCCCCUCCACCACAUCGGAGGCCCAGCCCUCCUAGCCAGCUCACUGGCCUCCUGUCUCACGGCCUCCUGGCCGGCCUUUCCUUUGCUGUGGGGUCUUCCUCGGGCCUUCUGCCCCUGCUCCUUCUGUUGCUGCUGCCACUGCUGGCGGCCCAGGGCGGGGGAGGCCUGCAGGCAGCACUGCUGGCUCUUGAGGUGGGGCUGGUGGGCCUCGGAGCCUCCUACCUCCUCCUUUGUACAGCUCUGAACCUACCCCCCAGUCUGUUCCUACUCCUGGCCCAGGGCACCGCUCUGGGGACCGUCCUGGGCCUAAGCUGGCGCCGAGGCCUUCUGGGUGUCCCUCUGGGCCUUGGAGCUGCCUGGCUUCUAGCUUGGCCAGGCCUAGCUCUACCUCUGGCAGCUAUGGCAGCUGGGGGCAAGUGGGUGCGGCAGCAGGCCCCCCGGAUGCGCCAGGGUAUCUCUCGACUCUGGCUGCGGGUCCUGCUUCGCUUGUCACCCAUGGUCUUCUGGGCCCUGCAGGGCUGUGGGGCUGUGGGGGACCGAGGCCUGUUUGCACUGUAUCCCAAGACCAAUAAGGAUAGCUUCCGUAGCCGCCUUCCUGUCCCUGGGCCCCGGCGGGGCAAUCCUCGAGCUGCCCGACACCCACUUGCCCUGAUGGCACGGGUUUGGGCUCUGUGCAAGGGCUGGAACUGGCGCUUGGCCCGGGCCAGCCAGGGACUGGCCUCCCACUUGCCCCCCUGGGCCAUUCACAUCCUGGCCAGCUGGGGCCUGCUCCGAGGUGAACGGCCCAGUCGGAUUCCCCGGCUGCUGCCACGCAGCCAGCGCCGGCUUGGGCCCUCUGCAUGCCGCCAGCCACCGUCAGGGACUUUAGCUGGGCGGAGAUCGCGGACCCGCCCGUUGCGAACCCUGCCUCCUUGGAGGUAACCAGCUCGCGCCUGCCCCCCGCCCAAAUCUAGAGCAUCGAGCACUUUAUCUCCCACCACUCAGUGACGUUCCUCCAGUCACGGUCCUCUCGUCCCUCACUCCCCUCCUCCCUCAGCACGCAUCUCCCCAAGCACAGCACCUCCAACUUCUAGACAGGCAGCCCCUGCACUGUGGAGUCCAGAAGCCACACUCUGUGUCCUCCCGCUCCCCCUAAGUUAUUGCUGCUCCCCCGCUGUGUGUGUGCUCAUUCUCACCCUCAUCGACUCAGGCCUGGGGCCAGGGGUGGAAAUGGGUGGGAAGAGUCAUGACUGGUUUGGUUUUUUUUCUCCUCUUUGAUUUUGUUUUUCUGUCUCCCUUCCAACCUGUUUCCCUUUACCCCACCAAAAGAGAAAAGAAAAGAAAAAGACAAACACAAAUAAAAUAUCUGAGCGGAACUGUA